AGGCAGCGCAGUGGUUUCCUCGUUUGACAGCAGGGGCUUGUUUUACAGCACAAAACAACAAGGAUGAAGAUUUCAAGCGACGGUGCAGCAGCUACAGAGAUAAUUGAGGGGACGUGUAGCUGAAAAGCCGUCAGCUUCAUCUACAUCUCCCGGUGUGACCUGCCUACUUUAGCGCCCGGAAACGCUGAAUAUCGACUGAACUGCAGAUGAAUGUCUGAGCUGUCCCUGGAUUUGUUGUUGUUAGCUGCUAAUGCUAACCAUAGAAGUUGCGAGCUAGCUGGCCUAGCAAGCUAAUGGUUAAAGCGAGGAAAAGACUUACUAUGUUUGAUUUACUCGUCCGGGGAGUAAACUCGGUGUUGUUUAGCUAAUGGAGCAAGCUAACCUUAGCUUCUGUAGUUCAAGAAGUGCAGCUUUGGCAAAGCUUUUCAAGUAACCAAGCGUAGUAGUUACAAUUAGCUAGCCAGUUAGCCACAACCUUUGGAAGAAUGAGUAGAAAACAUCAUCAUUUUAAAGGAGCUGAAGUCAGCUGCUGUGUGAAAUACUUCUUAUUCGGAUUCAACAUCAUAUUCUGGUUACUAGGAGCAGCAUUCUUGGGAAUAGGCCUGUGGGCAUGGGCGGAGAAGGGUGUGCUAUCCAAUCUGUCAUCCAUCACGGACCUCGGGGGUUUCGACCCCGUGUGGCUCUUCAUCGUCGUAGGAGCGGUCAUGUUCAUCCUGGGCUUUGCUGGCUGCAUCGGAGCACUCAGAGAGAACACUUUACUGCUUAAAUUUUUCUCUGUGUUCCUGGGUUUGAUCUUCUUCUUGGAGCUUACUGCGGGGAUCCUUGCUUUCGUCUUUAAGGACUGGAUCAAAGACCAGCUCAACUUCUUCAUCAACAAUAAUGUCAAAGCCUACCGCGAUGACAUCGACUUGCAGAAUCUCAUCGACUUUGCCCAGGAAUAUUGGUCAUGCUGCGGCGCUCAUGGGUCCGACGACUGGAACAUGAAUAUCUACUUCAACUGCACUGACAUGAACCCCAGCAGGGAGCGCUGUGGAGUCCCCUUCUCCUGCUGCAUCAAAGACCCUGCAGAGGAUGUCAUCAACACACAGUGUGGUUAUGAUGUUCGGCUUCAAGGGGAGCUGGAUCGGCAGAAGUAUAUCUACACUAAGGGCUGUGUGGGACAGUUUGAGAAAUGGCUUCAGGACAACUUGAUUAUUGUUGCUGGGAUCUUUGUUGGUAUUGCACUUCUACAGAUUUUUGGCAUCUGCCUCGCUCAAAACCUGGUCAGCGAUGUCAAAGCUGUCAAAGCCAACUGGUGACAUGAGGGGUGAGGUGCGGGAGCCGUGCCCUUCAGGUCCCGCCAGGGUCAACACAACACACAAACCAUCCCGUCCAGCAGAGGACGGAGAGCAGAUAACUCUGUCACAGAUGCAUAUGUGCAGACACAAAGAAUUUAAUUCCCUGUUUAUCACUUGAAGGGGGGGGGGGGGGAGAAGAAAAUAUCCCACGCAAACCAAACAGUCAACACUUUGUUUACCACCCAGCUGGGAUUUUACCCAAAUAUACAGAGGACAAUGGUCCUACCUACUUCAGACUUAGUAUUUUUAUCUGUUUCCUCAGAUUUUUUUUUCUUUGGACAAGUGUAUUUAUGGGCCGCAGUUGCACAAGGACUCCUGUCAGCAGGGAGAUUGGAAGCCAUGGAUGAGAUGACAAUAAAAAAGGUAAACCACAAGUCCUUUUUUAGGCCAAGCAUUACAUUGUCACAGAGCCUCUGUUCACCCAGUGAGGGGUUGAACAUUUCCUCCUAAAAACAGCCUUUUUUUAACGUACUUGUCCCCAGUUUCUGCUGUAGAGAAUCUUGGGUGGCUGGCCGCCUGGCCAACCAACGCAUGAAUUCCUGUGUGUGUGUGUCCUUUUCUCCAUUGUGACCUUUUAUGACCACUGAAAGACUCUGAACACUGGCUGGUUAAGUCUGCAACUUUUAAGUCAUUUCAAGCUCAAAAUGUAAAAAAAAAAAAAGUGCCAUUAAUUUCCAGUGCGUCUCCUUACUGUUCUUUACAUGUGAUUUCUGCACCCCGCCCCAGAAUACCUCAGGUCCUGGCCUAAAUAUAUGCUCUGCCUCCCGCUCAAAGCAUAUCUAUUUUUUUCCAUCCAUGUCUGUUGAAUUUAGAUAGACAAACUUAAUGCAGAAAAACACUGACAGUUCCUCAAAAGUCACCCUGUUUGACCUGCAGUGAUUGUAUUAUCCAUUGAUUUAUUGAAGAAUAUUGUAUUGUAUUAUAUGGAAAGGCCUGGUCAGGAUCGUAGAUCUAUGUUAUACAGGGAAAAGGGUUUAAUUUAGAGAUUGUUGUUUAUCUCAGCGCAUCCCUCAGGCACAUGGGAUUGCUGGUUUGGGGCCUUUUAACUUGACUUACGUUACCACAUUUGUCUUACGCUUCCAUUUUGUCCUCAUCAUAUGGAAAUACAAAAAUAUGUCUGUUGUUCGAUGUUCCAUCAAAGAUGUUUAAUCUUUUAUUUCCUGUUCUUUUAUAGACAGAUUUAUAUCCCAGGCUUAUUGUUUGACUUAACUGAGAAAUAGCAUCUUAUCAUUGAUAUUGUUAGCACUCCUGACAUAGACCAAAUAAUAUCAGCUGGCCACAAGCUAACUGCAAAGGUUUUGUCUGGCUACAAUUCUGAAUUUAUUAGGAAUGCUAACAAUAGCAAAUACCAUUUUUAGAUAGCCAAAAUGUGAAUUUAUUGUGGGAAGUGCCAGUUUAAGUGAGAAAUCAAACAAAAUUAAAAAUCUUACAAUAUUGCUUUUAUCUUUUUAAUUCAAUUUUGUGUAUUUUGUUUGGACUGUUUAUUUAAUAGAAUAGCUGUUAUCUUUGAUAUUAGAAACAGUCUCAAUAUAACAUGAAUGCUGCUUUAACUUUGACUAGAUUAUUGAUGUGUAGUACAGUAACCAAGCUAGCAACAAGCUAGUAACCAAGCUAGUAACAAAUCUCACAUGAUGGCAUUUUAACAAUUUUCAAUGUUUUAAUUGUUUCCAGGAAUAAUGAGGAAUAAAUCGGAUUUCUCAAGUUUACACAUUUUACUCACCUUAUGUUGCCCUUUAUUAUAAAAAAAGAAUAAUGCAUCUUUUCAUCCUCACAUGAGGGUCCAUGUAAUGAUUUUCUACAUGUCUGUCUGUCUUUAACCACCACAGUUGUUUUAGAUGCACAGCAACGGCCACAUUUGGGUGGGAAUUACUGGACCACACACCUCCUGUAGGAGCAGAUCCAUACACACUCGCACUCACUCAGCCAAAAGACAAAAAAAGAUGUUUUGAAAGGCAACACACACAAGUUGAAAGACGAGUAUCAUUAAUAUUCUGUAAGCAGUGCACUAGAAAUGGUUCCUGCUUCACUGAAUCUGUCUGUUGAACAUAUAUAUAGGAAUUCAUUCUGUAACAGCACCUUAUGAUCGCACAUGUCACAUGUUGUUCUCACCCACACGCUCCCUCUUCAAAACAGGACCUGUUCUGACUGCACCUGUUUGGAAGCCUGUCAUUUUGAUGUAUUUAUAAACCCGGAGUUGGUUUGAAAAAAAAGAGAUGCACAAAAGUCAUUUGAAAUUUAGGUGUCAGAUGCACAAGUAGAAUAAAUCCAUUGCUUGCAAUGUAGCAGCAGCACAAUGGGUCUGCACUGGAGCGACUGAACAUUAAUGACUUCUCUCGCUUUUAGAUGAGUUCGUUUUCAUAAAAGAAACUCAUUAAUUUCAGUGCCUUAGGUGUAAUCACUCGGUGCAAUCUGAGAGAACAGAUGCGUUUUCCUUCAAAUCAAGAAACAUUUAAAGGAUAAAACACAACUUAAAACUCAAAAUUCUCACCCAAAGUUGCCACGUCUAGCUGAUAUGAGAUUUUCUUCUUUUUUUUUUUCCUCCCUCCUGUUAUUUUAAAUGUGUGUGGGCUUCUUUGAUUUCACUAACUGUUGUAAAUCAAUCUCUCAUGUUCAAUUCUAGGCAGAUCAGAAUGAAACCAGUGUGUUUAUAACCCCCCCCCCCCCUCCACACCUUAGGAGUUUAAUUCUUAAAAAUGUGGGUUGAACACACAAAUGUGUGAUUAAUUAGUUCAGCAAAUCUUUGAAGUGUGUUCAUCUUUUAAGAAAUCGCCCUUAAUUGGAAGUGUUUGCUCACAGUCUUUAACACCCCUUCCCCUUCAUUUAAAAAAAAGAAAGAAAAAAAAUCCUCUGUUUAUGCUGAGGAUCUGGCUGAAGGCAGACAGAGGCCAAGGGUGUCAGUUCUGCUGCAGCACUGAACUGCAGCUCUUAGAUAAAAAGCACUCCAGCACUCCAGCCACAGCCUGUCUGGACGGAUAUGCCAAUAAUCAGACAGUCACCUUGGUAAUAAGGACAAUAAUGCCAUAAUAAUGUGUGGCAGUGCGGCAGGACUUUAAUAUAUAGACUCUACAAAGGUGACUCACUGGCUUUAUUUUAACAGUUUUUGGUUAUUCUGUUUUUGCAUUCCUUUUAAUGUAGGGGAAAGGGGAGGGAGUGAACAGUGCUAAGUAUGCUUUGUCCUUUAUCAUAAUGGCCUUGCAUCAUGAAACACCCUCUUAAUUUCUCCGCUUUCCCUGUAGGCAGUUAAAUCAUUCCCGAGGAGGAGCCUUAUGCAUACCAUGAAUGUAUAAGUCUGUAUCAGCAUGGACCUACCGCUCCACGCUUAGUUAGAAAUUCUCUUUACCCCUAUAUGCAGCGCAAUGCACAACGGAGAUGAAGUCAGGAAUGUGAAUGAAGAGUCAUCUUUAGCUGUGUUUUAGAUGUUAUUCUGGUUUUUACAUUUUUAAAGAUGCUCUAUUAGUGAGCAUGAAAGUAGAUGAGCAAACCAUUUCCUCUCUUUCCAGGCGUGUGUGCAGACCUACAUGGACAAUUUAUAUGCAAAGCUUUAUAAUCUUUACAAACCAGUCAAAGUCUUUAUUGUCUCCACAGUGGCUGCAAACAAUGUGGACGAAUUUCUACAUAUUAAGAAUCAUCACUUCUGUUCAGAUUUGGUGGAUAUAAAACUUAUUUUUUGCAACAUAUGCAUUCAUAAAUGAUUUGACUGAUCUCUAAAUUUCCUUUACACUUAAAAUAGACAGCUACUGUCAUUGUGACUGAUAGUCUGUCCUGUGAACCCUUUUUCAAGCUUUUAAGUCAGCUAAUGUCUUGAGGCAGUUCUGUUGAUAUUUCUCACAAAUGUGAGCAACACAUCAGACAUUCAGAAGUCGUACUUUGUCAUUUGCAAACGUUUGUCACAUCCAGGCCCAUCAAAGGCAGAGUAACUGACUCGUUUGUGACCGUAUUAACAGCAAUAUCACAGUUGUUAGUGCCGACAUUUCCAUGCCAGGUCGUGACAUUUGAUCAAGACAAAGGCGUGACUUGACUGGAAUAAAAAAGUGUUUUGUUAAGUAAGUGAUGGGGUUUCACAGAUAAACUCGCAGUUAAAAUAAUGUGGAUACAGUAGUUAAUGAUAUUUUAGCCACACAGAAACCACUAUAAAUGUGUCUUUGUUGAGCUGGGACACAAACCGUUUUCCUCAGUUUUACUUGCAGUAUGUCAGUUUUAAACAGAAACAAGCUGUUAUCUAUCCAUUGUCUCAGUUUAGACCUGCCUGUUCUGAUGGGUAGCCUUGUAAAGAAAUGUUGUAAAUAAGUAUGAAAACUGUGGGACAUGGUCUGUUACACUGUACAUUGUGUUAAAAUAUGCCUCUUUCAUAUAUUAAAGGAUUUAUGAUAACAA